AUGAGGACUCUUCUGUUUCUCGCGGUGGCGCUGCUGGCUGCUUCACUGCCUUGCCACGCCUUCCGCUCAUCUCGAAUGUUACAGGAGGACCAGAACAGGCUCUUUCCCAAACUUCCCGGACUUUCUGCAAAGAUCGUCGUUCCAACCACGGUGAGGGCGAAGCACGAAGAGGCGGCAACGGCUGAGAUCACCGCGACGGGAGGCGCUUCCAACGCGCCUGCCGACGCAACAACAGUGACUCCCAACCCCCUCACCGACAACGUCGCUACCACUGACCCGGAAACCACGCUCGCAGACCACAACGUGGACACCUCCACGAAGGACAUGCCUUCGAACUCGAAGGACUCAAGUCCGCGCGUACCCGAGCAGGCCGCCGCGAGCUCUUCCUCCAGUCCCCCAGUACCGUCUGGCGGGUGCGAUUUCUACUUCACGGGAUUCCAGGACUCUACACCGACGUUCAAACUGCCAGAGAACGGCGGUGACGUGGUGAUCAGCCCGCCGAUUGAAGCGUCGGUGAAGGGGAGCGUUGUGAACGUGAUUGCGCUCAACUCGCAGACGGCGAAGUACUCCGGUGGCAGUUCUCUACCCGACGACAACCAGUUCUACGUUGUUCAGGAUGUGGUGCAAGUGCGGACGAUCCAACCGCAGGACAAGGGCAAGUACAACGGUCUUACGGUCACGAUCCCCAUCACCAACGCGGAGAUCGAGGUGUACAACCAGGUCUUCAACCUCAACCCCGGCGAUGGCUCCUCUUCCUUCCCCGAGGAUCGCCGUUGCGUCGUCUUCCAGACGUCUUAA